UCCAGGGCUCAGGCCUGCUCCUCUGCUGGAGAGCGAGCAAAUGCUUGGCCACUGAGAAGAAAACAGGAACGGAAGCCCAGUUCUUACCAACAGAAAAAGGAAUUUGAAUUCUGUAGAUACUUUAUUCCAGAGUAGCUCGGAGCCAGCUCCGAUCCUUCCAAGUCCAUUGCUGCAAAAGAAAAAAAAAAGUGAAUAAUUAAGGAAUGACAGGGCACCCAGAUGGCUUUGGCAAAGAGGGAAUAAUGGGCCGCCCUUGCUGGGAGUUGAGACUUGAUGCUCCUAGAAACGAACUGAGCAUGCAGAAUUCAGAGGGUGGAUCCGAUUCGCCAGCUUCUGUGACUCUGUGUCCCUCAGCGGCAGCCCAGGCCCCCGCGGCCCCGCCAGUACCAGCCUCCCCGCAGAGGGUGUUGGUCCAGGCAGCGGGCUCGGCUCCCAAAGGAGCCCAGAUGCAGCCAAUCUCCCUCCCCAGGGUCCAGCAGGUGCCACAGCAGGUGCAGCCCGUGCAGCAUGUGUACCCCCCGCAGGUGCAGUACGUGGAAGGCGGAGACGCCGUCUACACGAAUGGAGCCUUACGGACGGCCUAUGCCUACAACCCUGAGCCUCAGAUGUACGCCCCCAGCAGCGCAGCUUCUUACUUCGAGGCCCCGGGCGGCGCCCAGGUGACCGUGGCAGGCUCCUCCCCGCCAACGGUCCCCUCCCACAGCAUGGUGGGCAUCACCAUGGAUGUCGGGGGGAGCCCUAUUGUCUCCAGCGCGGGAGCCUAUCUCAUCCACGGGGGGAUGGACAGCACCAGACACUCCCUGGCCCACACCUCCCGCUCAUCGCCAGCUACGCUUGAAAUGGCGAUUGAAAACCUCCAAAAAAGCGAAGGGAUCACUUCACACAAAACCGGUUUACUCAACAGCCAUCUCCAGUGGCUGUUGGAUAACUACGAAACCGCAGAAGGCGUGAGUCUCCCCAGAAGCUCUCUCUACAACCAUUACCUUCGGCACUGCCAGGAGCACAAGCUGGACCCUGUGAAUGCCGCCUCCUUUGGGAAGCUGAUUCGCUCCGUGUUCAUGGGCCUGCGGACGCGGCGGCUGGGCACCAGGGGCAACUCCAAGUAUCAUUACUAUGGGAUCCGCCUGAAACCAGAUUCACCCUUGAACCGGCUGCAGGAGGACACCCAGUAUAUGGCCAUGAGGCAACAGCCCAUGCAUCAGAAGCCAAGGUACCGGCCAGCCCAGAAGACAGACAGCCUCGGGGACAGUGGUCCGCAUGGCAGCCUGCACAGCACACCGGAGCAGGCCAUGGCCGCACAGAGCCAGCACCACCAGCAGUACAUAGAUGUCUCUCACAUCUUCCCGGACUUCCCGGCGCCCGACCUGGGCAGCGUCCUGCUGCAGGAGAGCAUCACGCUGCACGACGUCAAGGCCCUGCAGCUGGUCUACCGGCGGCACUGCGAGGCAACUUUAGACGUCGUGGUGAACCUCCAGUUUCACUACAUUGAGAAGCUGUGGCUUUCCUUCUGGAACUCGAAAGCCGCCUCGGGUGAUGGCCCUGCCUCUCUACCUGCCAGCGACGGGGAACCCGAAGGUGCCGUCCUCCCGAAGGACAAGCUGGUGUCUCUGUGUAAAUGCGAGCCCAUUCUCAAGUGGAUGAGGGACUGCGACCACAUCCUGUACCAGGCCCUGGUGGAGAUCCUCAUCCCCGACGUGCUGCGGCCGGUGCCCAGUACCUUGACACAGGCCAUCCGUAAUUUUGCCAAGAGCUUGGAAGGCUGGUUGACGAACGCCAUGAGAGACUUCCCACAGCAGGUCAUCCAGACCAAGGUCGGCGUGGUCAGCGCCUUUGCCCAGACCCUGCGCAGAUACACGUCCCUCAACCACCUCGCUCAGGCAGCCCGCGCUGUGCUGCAGAACACCUCCCAGAUCAACCAGAUGCUCAGUGACCUCAACCGCGUGGACUUCGCCAACGUGCAGGAACAGGCCUCGUGGGUGUGCCAGUGUGAGGAGAGCGUGGUGCAGCGGCUGGAGCAGGACUUCAAGCUGACCCUGCAGCAGCAGAGCUCCCUGGACCAGUGGGCCAGCUGGCUGGACAACGUGGUCACCCAGGUCCUGAAGCAGCAUGCCGGCAGCCCCAGCUUCCCCAAGGCCGCCCGCCAGUUUCUUCUGAAAUGGUCCUUUUACAGCUCCAUGGUGAUCCGCGACCUCACGCUACGCAGCGCCGCCAGCUUUGGCUCCUUCCAUCUGAUCCGCCUGCUCUAUGACGAGUACAUGUUCUACCUGGUGGAGCACCGUGUCGCCGAGGCGACCGGAGAGACGCCGAUUGCUGUGAUGGGAGAGUUCAACGAUCUCGCCUCCCUAUCGCUGACACUGCUCAAUAAAGAUGACCUCAGCGAGGAUCGUGGCCGUGAGGCCAACUCCGACGCCCGCAGCCUGGGCGAGCCCCUGGUGAAGCGGGAGCGCAGUGACCCGAACCACUCCCUGCAGGGCAUCUAGCUCUGCGGUGCCUCCCCCAGGCUCCAGACCAGGCCCCUCGAGCUCUACUAUAAUAGUGCCUCUUAGAUGAUGUGAUCUUUGCUCUGACUCACGGGGGCGCCCUCCAGAAGAAAAACCCUCGUGAACCACAACAGAAGGUCACAUCGGGUUCCCGAGUGCCUGAGCUGCUCACCCGGUGCCUCCUGGGUCAUCUUUUCCUUCUGAGUGUUCUUCUCUCCUCUGCCGGACCAUGAACUUUGGUCCAAGUCUACACAUCCCGUGCCGGACAAGCAGGCACCUCCACGUUGGGCUUCUCCUCGGUUCAGCUGCUUCCAGCUUCCACCAUUAUUUUUUAAAACUCAGAUCCCAGGAGGGAAGGGGUGUCCUGCAGCUGUUGCGCAGUCCCAAGCUGACCGGUGUCCAUGGAGCCCCCAGCCCUGGUGCCCUGUGGUGGGAAGGGACCUUCUCCGUGCUGUGCCCAGGGCCUCCUGCCCUGCCGGCUGUGCUGAGGCGUGGAGGCCAGCCCACAGGCCCACGGGAGCCGCAUCUGCAGACACCAAACGUCCCCAAAAGCAGCUGUCAAUUGCCAUGGCCCCAUGUGGCCCAGAGAACAAGUCACAGAAAUGGGCCGCUCAUGCCAAGACAUAGUGGUGUAAGAACCAAGACCAGAAGUUUUAUCAGCAACUGGAAGGAUUUGGGUUCUGUCCAAGGUCACAGCCAACGUCAAGCCAAACUGCUGGGUCUGGAAUGAGUUUGUUCCAAGGGGGCUGGAUGGUCGGUGUUUCAGUGGUGCCUUCAGAGAGCAGCCAUCGGGCCAAGCCUGCCUGGCUCCCACCCCGUAGAAUCUUCUGGAAUGCCUGCCUUUGAAUUAGCAAUCCUGGAGCACUUUGACCCAGGGCAAGUCCCAUCUUGAACUGCUCAAAGUCGACACUCUUCUCUGGGCUAAAUGAAUCCCGAGGACUUGCAUUGCCCUUGAACUUUGAACACUCUGGAUCUGCCGUAACACACUGCACUUGGUUAGCUCCGUACAAGAGUCCUGCCCCCAAACCAACUGCAAAGAAGAAAGACAAACCUCUGGUCUAGGAAACACCAUCUUAUGAAAUGCAAUAGUUCUCCUUUUGGAAAUGUUUAUACCAAUAGUUUUGUGCUCUAAUUGUUAUUAGAACGUUUCUUAUGAACAUGUAUAUUGCAGUAUAUUCAGUCCCCAACAUUUUUUUUCUCAUUCACGCAGAAGGUACUAAUGUAAACUCACGUGGCCUUUAAAAACCUUACUUCCCAACAAGCAGGAGCGCUGAGCACGCCUAGGCCCACGCCAGGUGUGCAGGGAGGCGUGGAGGGGAAAGACAGGAAAGCUGGGCGCUUAUUUUAGGAACCAAAAGUCUAUCACAAUCACAGUGUUUGUCUGGUUUUACAGUUCAAGCCUUAGAUGAAAUCAGACGGAAAGAAUGUCUUUAAAAUAUAUAUAUCUCCUCUCCUGGGAGACACUUAAGCUCACGGUUCUUGGACUGUAAUGGCCUUCCUUUCCUUCCAUGGGGGGUGAGCAGUACAAACUGGGUUUCUGCCUUGCGCUCCUGCCUUUGCAGGAUUCCACAAGGAACAAUACAAAUGACAGUAAAGA